AUGAGCGACGAAGUGGCAGAGGUUCCCAAAGAGCUCCUGGAGAGUGUGAGGGAUGCAGUGGGGAAAAGGGUGAAGUUCUCUCUGACGAAAGCAGUCAAACUGGAGAUUAAAGCAGAGAAGAUGGAGAACAGAGUCCUGGCUCUGGCUUCUCAUCGUGCUUACCUCUUAACAGCACGCAUUCCCACCAAGGUGGAACACAACUUUAAUUAUCUGGAGAUCCAGGGAAUUUCUUGCAACAAGCCAACACAGCUGUUCAUAGAGUAUGAGCGUGGCUCAUUCUUUUUAAAGCUGCCCUCCACUGAAGAGGUUAAUGAGGUGGUCGCUCACAUCGGAAACUGUCUACUCAAGAUAUGUCCUGGUUUACCUCCAAGUAAAGUGAUGAGGAAACUCUCCAUGGAGCCUCCGGACAGGCUGACCGUUCUGCAGGCUUUGUGGGACAACAACAAACCACUUGAACCUGGACCCUGUGGCGGGUUUUCUCAAAUGUACAGAUGUGUAUGUGACUGGUUGGGGCUGCCGUACAGAGAAGAAGUUCAGUGGGAUGUUGAUACCAUCUACUUGACACAAGACACCAGAGAACUCAACCUGCAGGACUUCAGCCAUCUAGACAACAAGGAUCUGGUAGCUAUAAUUGCAGUCUUGGAAUUUAACCAGUGGUUCACCAAGCUCUCUACCAAAGAUUACAAACUGUCUGCAGAUGUGUGCGACCAGAUACUUCGAGUGGUGUCUCGAUCCAUUAGACUAGAAGAAUUGGUUCUGGACAACGCAGGACUCAAAAUUGAGUUUGCCCAGAAGCUGGCUACUGCCCUGGCCCACAACCCAAGCUCAGGACUCAUCAGCAUUAAUCUCUCUAACAACCCUCUGGAGGACAGAGGAGUGUCAUCACUGGGGGCUCAGUUUGCCAAACUUUGUAAGGGGCUCAAGCAUUUGAACUUUUCCAAAACCUCACUAUCACCCAAAGGGAUAAACAGCCUUUGCCAGUCACUGAGUGCCAACCCAUUAACCCCCAGCAGCCUCGUCCAUCUGGACCUCUCAGGGAACGUGCUUCGAGGAGACGACAUGCAGCACUUCUACAACUUCCUCGGUCAACACAACAGCCUGGUAACUCUUGACCUCUCCAACACGGACUGCUCAUUGGAUCAAGUUUGCGAGGCUCUGCUGCGAGGCUCGGUCAAACACCUUGCUGUUCUAAGUGUGUCCAAGAGUGUCUUCAGGAAAGGCAAAGAAGUGCCUCCGUCAUUUAAGCAGUUCUUCAGCAGUGCUGAGUCUCUCAGGUCCAUCAACGUGUCAGGAACCAAGCUGCCGCAAGACGCCCUGAAAGCACUCCUCCUUGGCCUGGCCUGUAAUCCCAGUGUGAAGGACGUGUCUCUGGAUCUCAGCUGCUGUGAACUUGGUCACUGUUUGAGGUCUGGGGGUUCUCAGAUCCUCGAGAGUUGUAUUGCUGAGAUCCCAAACAUUUCCAGCCUGGAUCUCUCUGAUAACGGCCUAGACUCUGAACUGUCGGCUCUGCUCGUGUGGCUCGCCAAGAACCGCUCCAUCAAACACUUGUCUCUGGGCAAGAACUUCAACAACAUCAAGUCUAAAAACCUUGCUCCCAUAUUGGAUGGCCUGGUCCACAUGAUUCAAGAGGAGGAGUCACCCCUCACCUCCCUGUCUCUUGCAGACUCCAGACUCAAAAGUGAUCUGACCAUUGUUCUUAACGCCCUCGGCAGCAACUCUUCACUCACCAGGCUCGACAUCAGCGGGAACGCCAUGGGCGACAUGGGAGCCAAGAUGCUUGCGAAGGCACUGCAUAUUAAUUCUAAACUCAAGACUGUUAUCUGGGAUAGAAACAACACCAGCCCUCAGGGUCUUCAGGAUGUAGCAGCCGCUCUAGAAAAGAAUUUCACCAUUCGUUUUAUGCCCAUCCCUAUCAUUGAUGCCUCCCAGGCUCUGAAGGCAAGCCCGGAGAAAACAGAAGACGCUCUGCUAAAGAUUGAGAAUUAUUUAUACAGGAACCACGAAACUAGGAAAUACCUACAGGAGCAGGCUUAUAGGCUCCAGCAGGGCAUUGUAAUGACCACCACCCAGCAGAUGAUGGACCGCAUUUGUGUGAAGGUCCAGGACCACCUAAACUCUAUGAAGAACUCUGAGACCGACAUUAUCUUGGAAGACGUCCAAUUAGCAGAGAAUCUCCUUAAAGAUGCCAGGAACUCUAAAACGCUUCUCCCGAGCCUCUACCAUCUUGGAUCUGCCUCCAGAGAGGAACUCAUCAGUUCAUCAAUGGGUCCCAUCCAGGAAAAACUAGAGUCCAUGGCUGGGGAGGUGACCACUGUCAUGGAUCAGCAACUGCAGAUUCUUUUAGAGUCCAUGUUGUUGACAGCCGAGUCUCUGUGUCCCCAUGUGAUGAAGAGGAAUAACCUUCGUGGGGAGCUGAUGAAGGCUAGCUCAGCCAGGAUAGUUGUAUCUAAAAGCUUUGCCACAAAAACCCUCCUGGAGCAGUCAGGGGUGGACAUUAUCAACAAGAUCAGUGAGGUGAAACUGAGUCUGGCGUCUUUUCUGUCUGACCGCAUAGUUGAUGAGAUUUUGAUGUCUCUUUCUACGUCACAACACACACUGGCAGACCAUUUGGUUCAGCGAGGUCGCCCAUCGUUGCAGCAGGAGUCUGUGAAUGUGGAUGUACCUAAAGAGACCAUUUCCAAGCAGGCGUCCACUGAGACUCUGGAGGCAGAGAUGCUCACGGAUCUGGAAUCAUGUUUGAUGACUCCUAAAUCCAAAAGAAAAAGUAUCCAGAGCCGAAUGCUGCGCCCGGUGUCUCAUGCUUUUGAGAUGGAGUUUGACUUGGACAAGGCCCUGAAAGACGUUCCUGUUCAUGUGGAGGAUGCUUCCACUUCCAUUCAGACGUCGCCCACUCCGUCUUUGGUUACUCAGAACUCUAAACUGGAUCAGCGUUUGGCAGUAGGAAUCACAGAGCUGCCGUCCGAGGAAGAAAAGAAACUGCAGCACUUCACCAAGCUCCGACCUCGCAGGAACAAAAACAAUCAUUCUAGUAAAGUGGCUCAAAUCAACGGCACUCCAUCUCAUGAUGGCGAGCAGAACGGUCUCAUGGGAAGGGUGGAUGAAGGAGUGGACGAGUUCUUCUCUAAGAAGGUCACAAAAAUGGGAUUCAGACGUUCUUCGAAGAGCUCCGAGUCUCAGGAUGGAGAAAAGAAAAAGAGUAAAGGGGGAUUUCUAAACCUCAUUAAGCGAUCAUCUAAAUCUGAUAAAUCUGUCAAGUCAGACAAACCAGAGAAAAAACAGGCGGCUCUAACAUCUGGUGGUACGACCUCUGUGACCUUGGCUUCAGAAUCUAAUAUCCCCAAAGAGCCCCCCUCUCCAAAAGGGGCAGUUAAGAGCCCAGCGCCUGAACCAAAGUCGAGAGAUGCCUCCACCCGCUCACAGCCCGCAGACUACAGCAGCAGCUCCGACCGGUCCGACGAGUUGAGGACGCCUGACUCCAUGGAUGAACCCUGGGACGGUUCAGACGGCAGGGGGAGUCCUCAGGGCGGGAAGCGGUACCCCAGGAUGCAGAUGAUGGGCAGCGGCUUCUUGGCAGAGAUGAAGGCUAAACAGGAGAAGAGAGCAUACAAGUCUUCCAGCCCUGAUCGACCUGACAGCAAUGCAAUGGCAGCCAAGCUCCAGUCCACUAACACAGAGAUCAGGUCUCCCAGUGGUUCUUUAAUCAAAGCUGACACUGCUCCUUCAGAAAACACCUCAACACGAGGCAAAACAAAGUUGGAACCAGACGCUCUUCUCAGAGCUACAUCUUCCUCUAGCGCUCCUGCAGGACCAGUAGGUCUCCAACCACCAGCGCCACAUGGAGUAAAGCCUGUGCUGGUGGCCCGACCCUCCAUCCCACAGAAACCGAAGACCAGCAGCAGGAACACCGACGAGGGUUCAGAUGUCCUCAGUGCUGGCCGUGCAGCUCCCAAAGUUUUACCCUACACACUGAAGAAGGCGCACUCAGGGAAGGACAAGGAAACCACCAACAAAACCACUCUGCAAGAUGCUGUUCAGAGAUCCAGCACCAACUCUGAGGAUCAAAUCUCCCUCAAACUCAACAAGGACAAAUGUCCAAACCACGACAAGGCAACAAGAAAGAAGUCAUCAGACUCAGGGAAAGAGGCGGACAAGGACUUUAUUCUAAUAUGA